AUGAACCUCAGGGAAGAGCUGCCGCCCUUUUUUAUACCAUCGCAAGGAGGAGGAGGAGGAGGAGGAGGAGGAGGAAGCAGCAAUGCCUCUCUGGAUCUGUCCUCUCGCCCCCCCGCGCCCCCGGGGCCGAACCCCUGGGAUGUGAUGCUCUGCGUGUCCGGCACCGCCACCGCCUGCGAGAACGCGCUGGUCCUGGUCGUGCUCUGCUCCUCUCCCUCCCUGCGCGGCCCCGCGUUCUCCCUGCUGGGCAGCUUGGCCACCGCAGACCUGCUGGCCGGCCUGGGGCUCAUCCUCAACUUCGUGUCCCGCUACGUGCUGCUCUCCGAGGAGCUCAGCCUGCUCACCGUGGGCUUCUUGGUCGCCUCCUUCGCCGCCUCGGUGAGCAGCUUGCUGGCCAUCACCGUGGAUCGCUACCUGUCCCUCUGCAACGCCCUCACCUACUGCUCGCAGAGGACGGCGCUGUGUGUGCACACCAUGCUGGGGGGGGCCUGGGGGGUGUCCCUGUGCUUGGGGUCUCUCCCCGUCCUGGGCUGGAAUUGCCUCCGAGACCUCAGCUCCUGCAGCGUCGUCAGACCCUUGACCAAGAGCAACGUGACCCUCCUGUCCGCCUCCUUCUUCCUCGUCUUCCUCCUCAUGCUCCACCUCUACGUGGAGAUCUGCAAGGUGGUCUGCAGGCACGCCCAGCAGAUCGCCCUCCAGCAGCACUUCCUGGCCUCUCCCCACUACGUGGCCACCAAAAAAGGGGUCUCCACCCUCGCCAUCAUCCUGGGGACCUUCGGGGCCAGCUGGCUGCCUUUUGCCAUCUACUGCCUGGUGGGGGACCCCGGUUCCCCCCCCGUCUACACCUACGCCACGCUCCUCCCUGCCACCUACAACUCCAUCAUCAACCCCAUCAUCUACGCCUACAGGAACCAGGAGAUCCAGAGGUCCAUGUGGGUGCUGUUCUGUGGCUGCUUUCGGGCUCAGGUGGCCUUCCGUUCCCGGUCCCCCAGUGAUGUCUGA